AUUGGACCAAGUUGAUAUAUGGACUUUAAAUAAGAUUAUUUAUUUAAUUAAACAAAUAGAAUAGGGACAUAAAUGUAAAGAUCACUCAAUAUUGGGUGCUUCCACAUAAAUAUCAUAAAAAUUAGCGUCGUCUUCUUCACCUUCCCCACACACACUCUCCACUCUGAUAUUUAUUUUCAUUCACCAUCACCAUCAUCAUCUGAUCAUCUUCUCUGAAUCACUCGUUACCACCAAUCGAAAAACAGCCGUAGAAAUUACCUUUUUCGCUUUUUCUGAUUUUGUCCAUUUCUUCUUCGACUAAUAUCUCCCCACUGGUAUAUUCCUCUCCAUUCCGCUCCUUAAAAUGGCGCAAUUACUUUUGGUUUCGCAGUAAUUGUCCCUGCAUUUCUUAGAUUCUCUCAUUUUCGUUCAUACAUCGGCCGUAAAUCUGGUGGUGUAUUUUAAGACGCCCGUAGAAAUUCGUAGCGAUGGCAGAAGCUACUGUGAAGACCAACGGUGCUGCAACUGCUAAGGCUAAAAUUUUGGAGAAAAUUCCACCGAUUGCGCAUCCACUGGCUAAAGCGGCGACCGAGAUUGCUUCCAAUAUCAAUUACCAUGCUCAGUAUAGCCCUCAUUUUUCUCCCUUCAAGUUCGAGCCAGAGCAAGCAUACUAUGCUACUGCAGAAAGCGUUCAUGAUCAGCUGAUCAAGCAAUGGAAUGAGACGUAUAGUCACUAUCACCAAGUUAAUCCUAAGCAAACAUACUAUUUGUCUAUGGAAUAUCUCCAAGGCCGAGCUCUGACCAACGCAGUUGGAAACCUAGAUCUUCAAGUUGCAUAUGCUGAUGCUUUAAAGCAACUGGGUCAUGACCUCGAGAACAUAGUAGAGCAGGAGAAAGAUGCUGCACUAGGAAAUGGUGGUCUUGGGAGGCUUGCCUCUUGUUUUCUUGACUCAAUGGCUACAUUGAACUUACCUGCGUGGGGGUAUGGUUUGAGGUACAGAUAUGGUCUAUUCAAGCAGCGAAUCACCAAAGCAGGCCAAGAGGAAAUUGCAGAAGAUUGGUUGGAGAAGUUCAGCCCCUGGGAAGUCGUCAGACACGAUGUUGUCUUCCCUAUAAGAUUUUUCGGUCAAGUUGAGGUCAAUCCCAAUGGCUCUCGAAAAUGGGUGGGUGGAGAGGUCAUACAAGCUCUUGCAUAUGAUGUACCAAUUCCGGGAUACAAAACAAAGAACACCAACAGUCUUCGACUAUGGGAGGCCAAAGCUAGUUCUAAUGACUUCAACUUAUUUCAGUUUAACGAAGGAGAAUAUGAAUCUGCUGCUCUACUUCAUUCAAGCGCGCAGCAGAUUUGUGCUGUUCUAUACCCUGGAGAUGCCACCGAAAAUGGGAAACUUUUACGAUUGAAGCAGCAGUAUUUCUUGUGCAGUGCAUCACUUCGGGAUAUAAUUGCUCGAUUUAAGGAGAGGAAUGGUGAAAAGGAAAUCCAGUGGUCUGAAUUUCCCUCUAAGGUUGCAGUGCAACUAAAUGACACACAUCCUACUCUUGCAAUUCCAGAGCUGAUGCGUGUGCUAAUGGAUGAUGAAGGCCUCGGAUGGGACGAAGCCUGGGACAUCACCUCUAAGACAGUAGCCUAUACAAAUCAUACAGUCCUUCCGGAAGCCCUGGAGAAAUGGUCACAAGCUGUCAUGUGGAAACUCCUUCCACGUCAUAUGGAAAUCAUUACAGAAAUAGACAAGAGGUUUAUUGCGCUGAUAAAGUCAACUAGACCUGACCUCGAGAGCAAACUUUCCAGUCUAUGUAUUUUGGAUAACAACCCACAAAAAGCAGUUGUGCGUAUGGCCAACUUGUGUGUGGUGUCAGCACACACGGUGAACGGUGUUGCACAGCUGCACAGUGACAUAUUAAAGGACGAGUUAUUUGCUGAUUAUGUCUCUAUUUGGCCUACCAAAUUCCAAAACAAAACCAAUGGUAUAACUCCUCGCCGAUGGCUCAAAUUCUGCAAUCCCGAGCUUAGUCAAAUUAUCACCAAAUGGUUAAAAACGGAUAAAUGGGUGACUAAUCUUGACCUACUAACAAAUCUGCGUCAAUUUGCUGACAAUUCAGAACUCCAAAGCGAGUGGGAAUCAGCUAAGCUGGCAAGCAAAAAGCGAUUGGCAAAUUACGUACUGCAGGUUACUGGUGUGAGCAUUGACCCAAAUUCUCUCUUUGAUAUUCAAGUGAAGCGCAUCCAUGAAUAUAAGAGGCAGCUGUUAAACAUUUUGGGUGCUGUCUAUAGGUACAAGAAAUUGAAGGAAAUGAACCCUGAAGAUCGUAAAAAGACAACACCUCGUACCAUCAUGAUUGGAGGAAAAGCAUUUGCAACAUAUACAAAUGCUAUAAGAAUAGUUAAGCUCGUAAAUGAUGUUGGUGAUGUUGUUAACAGUGACCCGGAAGUCAAUAACUUUUUAAAGAUCGUUUUCGUCCCGAAUUACAAUGUGUCGGUGGCAGAGAUGCUUAUUCCAGGGAGUGAACUAUCACAGCAUAUCAGCACAGCUGGGAUGGAGGCAAGUGGCACAAGUAACAUGAAAUUUGCUCUGAAUGGAUGCCUCAUUAUCGGAACAUUAGAUGGUGCUAACGUUGAAAUCAGAGAAGAAAUUGGGGAGUCAAAUUUCUUUCUUUUUGGUGCCACAGCUGAUCAAGUUCCUCGCUUGCGUAAAGAGAGAGAAAACGGAAUGUUCAAACCAGACCCUCGGUUUGAAGAGGCGAAACAGUUUAUAAGAUCUGGAGCAUUUGGAAGCUAUGACUAUAACCCACUGCUCGAUUCACUUGAGGGAGAUUCUGGUUAUGGACGUGGUGACUACUUUCUCGUUGGUUACGACUUCCCAAGCUACAUGGAUGCCCAAGAAAGAGUCGAUGAAGCAUACAAGGACAGAAAGAGAUGGACAAAGAUGUCGAUACUCAGCACUGCCGGAAGUGGAAAAUUUAGCAGUGAUCGAACAAUUGGGCAGUAUGCAAAAGAGAUCUGGAAGAUAAACGAGUGUGCGGUGCCAUCAGCUUAGAAAGUUAUUUCAAUAAUACAUAAUAAAGAAUCAGGGUAAGAUGCUUUCCUGUGUUGUAUUUGCCGCCUUGUCUCGGACAAGGGAAUAUUCCGUCCACGAUAUGUAAUAAUAUGUUCAUUUCUUGCUUUUUCACUACUUCAAAACGAAAAUCUCCAAUAAGUGUUCCUUUUUUUUCGCAUGACAAUGAAAUGUCACGUUGUCUUUUUUAUAUAUUAGAAAUGUCAUAUUGUCGUGUUUA